AUGAGCAGGCCUGCGAGUCCAAUCCUUACUGACCAGGAUGUUGUAGAGGCAAUGCAGAGUUUCUCGAACCCGCCAAUCAAUAGGUUUAGGAUGCUUUCUGUCUGUUUGUUGAACUUCUGCAACGGCUUGUCUGAUUCGGCGCCUGGUGCGUUGAUUCCUUACAUAGAGAAACAUUACGACAUUGGCUACGCGGUUGUAUCACUCAUCUUUGUGACCAACGCAAUUGGAUUCAUUCUAGCCGCCUUCUUCGUCGAUGCGUUGCGCGGCCGAUUUGGGAGAGCCAAGACUCUCAUGUUUGCGCAGACUAUGAUGAUUUGUGGAUACAUCCCAGUCAUCUGUACGCCGCCGUACCCAGUUGUCAUUGUCUCCUUUUUCUUCCUGGGUGUUGGAAUGGCUAUGAAUUUGGCUUUGGGCAACGUUUUUGCCGCCAACCUCCAAAAUGGAACAAAGAUGUUAGGAGCAAUGCACGGAUCGUACGGCGUUGGCGGGACUAUUGGGCCCAUAAUGGCCACAGCUAUGGUUACAAGAGGCGGUCUAAUUUGGAGCCGCUACUAUCUGCUGACUCUAUCAAUGACGGUUUUCAACCUCGCGUUUGCUGGCUGGUCAUUCUGGUAUUACGAGGCAGAAUCAAGCCAUGCACUGCUCACGCCAAUGGAACGAACUGCCUCACGGCAAAACUCCUCUCCCAAUGUCCGGAAUGAACCCAAGCAACUGAGCCAGCUGGCAAAUAUGAAGAAGGCCUUCAAGUCCAAAACAGUAAUCCUGGGCUCGCUCUUUAUCUUCGCGUACCAAGGAGCCGAGGUGUCCAUUUCCGGCUGGGUCAUCUCCUUCCUCAUCGGCACUCGUCACGGGAAUCCUUCAGCCGUGGGAUAUGUCACCGCUGGAUUCUGGGGCGGCAUCACCUUCGGACGCUUUAUACUCACUCACCCGGCCCACAAAAUCGGCGAGAAGAGAUUCGUCUACGGUAUGGUAAUUGGCGCCGCUGUAUUCGAACUUCUCGUCUGGCAAGUGCCCAACAUCAUCGGUGAUGCCGUGGCCGUUUCUAUCGUGGGCCUUCUGCUGGGCCCGGUGUAUCCUUGUGCUACGGCGGUCUUCUCAAGAGCUAUUGGCCGCAAGGAUCAGGUCAGUAGCUUGAGCGUCAUCAGUGCUUUUGGAAGCUCGGGAGGUGCGGUUGCUCCGUUUACUACGGGUAUCUUGGCACAGGCGGUAGGAACUUUCGUGUUGCACCCUAUUGCAAUUGGGUUGUUUGUGAUCAUGCUUAUUUGCUGGUUCUGUUUGCCUAAUGUCAGAAAGAGGACGGAAUAG